CAGAGUACUACUGCUACGAUAUUAAACUUCAUUUAAGAUAUCAUCCUGUAAAUAUCAAGAUCUCAAAACACAGAAGUAAAAUUAAAAUCAUCCAUCCAUCCAUCAGUUUAGGAUCCCUUCUGUCUCAAAAGACUUGAUCAAUCUCAACCUAACCAUCAAUCAAUCAAUCAAUCAAUCAAACUUCCUUCAACUUACAAUCUCAUCAUUCCAUAUCUCAAUCUCAAAAUACAAAAUAACUACAAAAGCAUUUGGAUUUCUUUACCCGAUCAUUUCAAACUUAAACCCUUUCAAAUACUAAACAAAAAAAGAGAUGACUACCUCCAAUUCAAGUACUGCUAAUCAUUCUAACUCAAAUCAUUCAAAAUCACAAACAGCUGCUCAUCAACAUCAUCAUCAUCAUCCUCAUGGAUUCGAUCCUAAUACUCGAAAGAGUGUUACCAUCAGAAGACGUAGUGGUAGUCGAAGUUUAGCUGAUGGUAGAGGUUCAAUCGUAGUUCAUACUAGAACUCACGAGAAUGCUGAACUUCCACAUGCGACAAAGAUGCAAAUGGCAGACUAUUUGCGCAAGUUUGAGCAUCUCUUCACGGUUACUCCCCAAAGGAUGAGGAUGAUUGUCGAUGCGUUUAUUGACACUCUUGAAAUUGGUCUCAAAGAAAAUGGACAAGCUGUCCCCAUGAUACCUACCUAUGUCUUUGGCUGGCCCUCAGGCAAAGAGACUGGUCCUUAUCUCGCCGUAGAUUUAGGUGGAACAAAUUUGAGAGUUUGUCAUGUUGAAUUAGAAGGCGAAGGAAAGUUUGAAAUCACCCAAGCAAAGUACAAACUAACUGAAGAACAAAAGCAACAGGAAGGCGAGAAAUUGUUCGACUUUUGCGCAGAAUGUUUACACACAUUUAUUUACGACCAAUAUGCCGAUGAGGCCGGUAACCUGCAACUUGAAGAAGAGAUCGCCUUAGGGUUUACGUUCAGUUAUCCUUGCAUUCAAAAGCGGAUUGAUCAUGGAGAACUCCUGCGAUGGACCAAAGGGUUUGGUAACCCCAACGUGGAGGGACAUGAUGUGGGCGAGAUGUUUGCAAAGGCAUUGAAGAAACACAACGUACCCAUCAAACUCACGGCUUUGAUCAAUGAUACCACUGGCACGCUCAUCGCAUCAUCCUAUGUAGAUCCUUCGACCCGUAUUGGCGUGAUCUUUGGUACAGGCUGCAAUGCGGCUUACAUGGAGAAAAUUUCCAACAUCCCCAAGAUCGCCCAUCUUGGACUCCCUCCUGACGCUGAGAUGGCAAUCAAUUGUGAAUGGGGUGCAUUCGAUAGCGAGAAACAUGAGCAUUUACCUCGAACCAAGUAUGAUCUGAUCAUUGAUGAAACUUCCAAUAAGCCUGGUGAACAAGCAUUUGAAAAGAUGAUUGCUGGGUUGUACUUGGGUGAGAUCUUUCGGUUGAUUGUGGUUGAGAUGAUUGAGGAAGGUAUCUUGUUCUUGGGCCAGAAUACCUAUAAAAUCGAAAAGAGCUUUUGUUUCGAUACUGCGUUCUUGAGCUUGAUCGAAAGUGACCCGACGGAAGAACUCUUGACUGUCACUGGCCUCUUUACUCAUUUCUUCAUGUUGGAUACCACGAUUUCUGAACGUCAAUUUUUCCGCCGAUUAGCUCAACUCAUCGGCACUCGUAGUGCCAGAUUGUCAGCAUGUGGAAUCGCCGCUAUUGUCUCCAAGACUGGAAUGUUGGACGCUGGCUGCGGUGUAGCCACUGAUGGUAGUUUAUACAAUAAAUACCCCCAAUUCCCUGAACGAUUGCAUCAAGCCCUCGUCGAUAUAUUUGGUGAAAAGGGUCGAGGAAUUAAAACAUAUCAUGCAGAAGAUGGUUCAGGGGUAGGAAGUGCGAUCAUUGCAGCGAUGACCAAAGCUAGACUUGACGAAGGCACGAUUACUCAAGUGUGAAUGAUCAGAAAAGUAAUGGUGUUGGGAAGCGAGAGAAGGGUACCCAUACACAACAUAAUUUUAAUUCAACCGAUACAUUCUAUUUCCUUUAUCUCUUUGUUUUACUUAUUCUCUUUAAAACUUACAGCCGUUCAAAGUCUGGUUUUCAAUUGCAUGACACAAGAACUUUUCUGUUAGAGACGUAUGUCACAGUGAUUGAUCUUGUUAUGUGAUAGGCAGAAGUUAUGGGUAGUGGAUAACCUUCCUAAACUGAUCAGAAGGUUUUUCGUCAUAUUUUUUCGGACGCUUUGCGUAGGUUUUGUCAAAUUGAUCUGAGUAGAGUAUGAAAAGACUUGAGAAGAUAUGUAGCUACCCAAGAUGUUACCAACC